CUCAGCCUGCGUUCGCGCCUUUUCCAUUUUCACCCCCCGAUUCCGAUCGCUUUUCACCGCCGCCUCUGUUCCUUCGCUAGUCGACAGGCCCCGCUUCCGCUCUCCUCUUCCACCGGCCACCGCCGCGCGCCGAGAAGAUGGGGAAGCGGUGGAUCCCACUGGAGGCCAACCCGGACGUCAUGAACCAGUUCAUAUGGGGUCUGGGAGUCUCCGAGAGGGCUGUGCAGUUCUGCGACGUCUACGGCCUGGACGACGAGCUGAUCGCCUUGGUGCCCCAUCCCGUUCUCGCAGUCCUCUUCCUCUACCCGUUCACCUCCCUGCGGGGAUUGAUGGAUUCGUCGUCUGAUCAGGACGAGGAGAAUAAAGAAGAAUCAAGUGUUUCUGCCAAAUCGACCGCAGGGGGCAAGGAUUUGAGCAAGAAGGUAUACUUUACAAAGCAGACUAUUGGCAAUGCUUGUGGAACAAUUGGUGUUAUUCAUGCAAUAGGAAAUGCAACAUCUCAAAUCAAGCUAGUUGAGGGUUCCUAUUUUGGAAAGUUCUAUAAGCAAACAGCUGAUAUGGAUCCAGUCCAGCGUGCUGCCUUCCUUGAGGAAGAUGAUGAGAUGGAGGAUGCACAUUCUAUUGCUGCAUCUGCUGGUGACACUAAUAUUAAUCUUGAUGUUAAUGUACACUUUGUAUGUUUCUCUUGUGUUGACGGUGAACUUUACGAGCUUGAUGGACUAAAAUCACAACCCACACCCCAUGGCCCAUCAUCACCUGAAACCUUGUUGCAGGAUGCUGCAGAAGUCAUCAAAGCUAGAAUUGCGGAGAACCCUAACUCGAUGAACUUCAAUGUCAUGGCCCUUUCAAAGAAGUGAAGUAUACUGUGAUGGGUGGAUUUCAUUUGGCAGAAUACGGGUCCCUUUUCUUUUCAGUUCUGCUGAGUACUGCACCGAGUGGAAGGUUUGCACAGGGAAACAAAGAUAGGGAAAAAUGUUGACUCGAUGUAUUAUCGUGCCUUCUUGAUGGAUAGAGAAAUGGUGGUUCACGAUUUCACCUUUUUCCUGCUUACUUAUAGCAUCUCCAAGAGACUAGCUAAAUAGUUUGUCAAGCUAAAUUUUAGCUACUUAAUAACAUAAUAACUCUCCAACAGAGUAGCUAUUUAACUCGCUAAGCUAUCUGGCUCUCUAAAUUAACUCCCUCACUAGUCAAAUUUGGCUAGCAACUCUCGCUAGCCAAGCUAAAUUGUAUUUUGGAAAGUCUGUUGGAAUGAGAUGUUAUAUAUAUAGUUUAAUAUUUAUGGAGAGACAAAUAAAGAGUUAAAUAGAAAGUCAAAAAUAAAGAGUCUCUUGGAGAUGUUCUUAGGCUAUUCACCAUGCUAAGUUUCAUGAUGGUUUCAUGCACAUUUAAUAAUGUGUUAUAUCAUCAUUUUAGACGACAUGGCAUAGUAUUUAAGAUAAAUAAGUUUCAUAGAUAAAAUUAGUUUUAUAGGGAUGAAAUCAUGUCAACUCGUUUAAAGGUAUUGAAAAUCGUGUGUAAUCUCCAUUGAGAUUGAUUUGUUUUAUCUUUACAUAUUUUACUUUUUCUAUUGAUUAUUUAGUUGCAGCAUUUAAUUGGUAUGUUGGUCUAUGAAAUAGUGAAAUGAAAUUUUGUAUUGAGAGACAUUGUUUCAUUCUUAAUUUCAUGACACUACACUCCUUGA